AUGACACUUCCAACUUUGAGAUGGGGAAUUAUUGGAACCGGCCUCAUCUCGUCCUGGUUUGUCUCCGAUUUAGUAGAAACUAGGGAGGACGCCCAAGCAACCCAUCUAAUCCAAGCCAUUGGCUCUUCCUCCGACACAAAGGCCCAAGCAUUUAUCAAGGAACAUUCUCCUAAUUCGAACCCCUCUCUCUAUUCAUCUUACGAUGGUGUUUAUGCGGACCCCAACGUAGACAUUGUCUAUAUCGGUCUUCCUCAUGUCUUCCACAAAGAGGCAUGUCUUCAGGCGAUCAGUCAUGGAAAACAUGUGUUAUGCGAGAAACCAUUUACAGUGAAUGCCCGCGAAGCGAAAGAAGUGUUCGAAGCUGCCAGACAAAAAGGUGUUUUUGUGAUGGAAGCUCUCUGGACUAGAUUCAUGCCCUUAGUACGCCAACUCACCCAGAUAAUCCACGUUGACAAAGCCAUCGGCAACGUCCACCGAGUGUUCUGUGAUUUCGGACUCGAUAUCGACCUCGAUAAUCUACCUGAUUCUUCUCGUCUCAAGGACCCCGCAUUGGGUGCUGGGUCUCUCCUUGACAUCGGAAUCUACUCGCUUACCUGGGGAUUGUUACUUCUGGAAGACCACCCACCCGAUGACGCAGCACAGCCUCAAGUCUUUUCCGCCCAAACACUCCACGCUGGCGCCGAUAUUGCGACAUCUAUCAUUUUGUCCUACCCCGAUAGUGGUCGCCAGGGUAUCUUGACUUCCACAAUGCAAACAAAGACAAACCCAGUGUUUGCGCGGGUUGAGGGCUCUCGCGGGUCGAUCACCAUUGAAGGGGUCGCAGCUUCAUUACCGGGUAAAUUUACCGUUUUCUCGAAAGACGCGAAGAUGGAGCCUGUCGUUUAUGAGGCUCCCAAAAGCCCUGGUAAAGGGUUCUUCUACGAGGCUGAUGCGGUUGCACUGGAUAUAGCGGCCAAGAGGGUGGAGAAUGAGAUCAUGCCGUGGAAGGAAACUGUACGGGUUCUGGAAAUCAUGGACGGUAUUCGCGAGCGAGGAGGUGGGCACUUUCCACAGGAUGAUUGA